AUGGCUGCACCCGCGUCUGGGUAUCCUCCUCACCCAAUCCCCAACUCAUGCUCAACCACCGAGAUUAAUAUCCCCCUUCGGAGGGUCCCCCGAGCUUCAAGAAGCUCUACGUCGCUCGCUUUCCCACAGAGUGCAACAGUUCAUCACCUCGGGGGCCCGCGAGAUGGACCCAUGCGACGCACGAGCAGAACAUGGACGACGAGCAGUGGCGAUUUGGGCCUUAUGAGCGACACCGAUGAAUUCGACGACAGAGCAUUGGUUGUCCAGGAGUACAAUAGAUUGGCAAAGAAGAAGAAGAUUGAACCCGCUGUACCAGAGAAACGAGGAUGGCUUCACCGAAUGCUGCGAUCAACAUCGAAUGGGACCCAGGGACAGAGAGCAGCCAGAUCAGCAGCCAGACCCGGAACGCCUUCCUUGCAACACAGGCGAAGUGUUUCGGAGUACGCAAAUCACCUGGCGCCAUGUAGAAACAACCCUCCAAGAGCCCUAACCCUCCAAUCCAUGGUUCGACUCAGUGGGAAAAGCGUCCUCUACCUUCCCCAGGACUACACCCCAGGAUCGCUGGUCCUGCCAACGUGUCUUAGGGCAACUGCUCAGCAUCUCUCACAGCAUGUAACCACGAGGGGAAUUUUCCGAAUUUCUGGAUCGGUCAGAGUAGUAAAUACUCUUUUCGACUACUACUGUUACUCAAAUAAUGGGGGAUUGGAUGUCUCCAGCACCGUUCGUUGCGCCAACCUGCCAUCGCACAUCGAUUUCUCUAUCCACGAUGUUGCUUCCACCUUCAAGCGCAUGAUAUCGACACUUCCCGGUGGUAUCCUCGGAACCCUGUCCAUUUUUGAUGCGCUCGUAGCGAUUCAUGCACAGCUGCGUGGCGAUCCAGAAUUCCCACGAACAAAGCAAACCAAAGUUCGUGCUAGACUCAUUGCACUGGCUGUUGGGGCCAUCGAGUCCCAGUUCCGGCGAGAGCUCAUCUGCGCCGUCUUUGGGCUCCUGAGUUUGAUCGGAAGGGUAGCAGAAGUGACCCCAAGAGAGGAUGAGGGUGGAAGGCCACUGCCGACGGGUGAUUUGAUGGGAUACAGUGCCCUCGGUAUUGUAUUUGGGCCAUUGUUGGUAGGAGAACUGUUGGAUCAGUACGAUAUGAACUUGGCGACCCCGUCGAACGGUUUGGUGCUCCUACCGCCAGGGGCGAAAAAGGUUCGACAAGGCCGACGAAAACCUGCUCCGACGGAAAAGAAUCUAGUAGGAGCUCAAACAAUCAACAAGGUGAACAUUGUCAAUAGUAUCACUGAGAUGCUCAUUGCGAAUUGGCGUGACGUGGUACGUCAGAUGAAGGCUCUUGGAAUACAUCACAGGAAGGACGUCUCGAAUCCCACAUUGCGCAGUGGCUCGCUUCGCCCAUCAUUCUCGGAGUCAUACACAGCGCGGAAACCCCCUCGAGGACGAGAGUCUACCCAAAGGGAGUCCGGUGUUCAAGCAGAUCGAGACAGAAGCCCGGUUUUUGAGGCUCCCAUAAAUUCGACAGCCGCAACCCAGAAGGAGUUUUGGUUCUGCUCAAUUGAAAUCGAGACCAAGCGCCGGUGUCCUAAGCCCAACCAUGGAGGAAGGAAGCAUAGAAGGGGAGAGGCGGGAGAAGAUGGCCUCGGAGACUAUGUUUCGUGA